AUGGUAUUCGAUUGGAUGCGUUCCUUUUUCCCAUUUUCCAGUUGGUUGUUCAAGUAUCAACGUGAUUGGAUCAUAGGUGAUCUAGUAGCUGGUCUUACUGUCGGAAUAGUAGUCAUUCCGCAAGGAAUGGCUUAUGCAAAACUAGCGGAACUUCCUGUCGAAUUUGGACUCUACGGCUCAUUCAUGGGUGUUCUGAUCUACUGGAUGUUUGCAACCUCCAAGGAUAUCACCAUCGGUCCUGUGGCUGUCAUGAGUUCACUGAUGGGUGAAAUCGUACGACAAGCUGCAGUAACCUCACCGAACAUACCUGGUCACGUCAUGGCUUCUUCACUCGCCUUGAUAUCGGGUUGCAUCAUUUUCACCUUAGGUUUGUUGAGGCUUGGCUUUGUGGUAGAUUUUAUCCCACUUCCGGCCAUCGCGGCCUUUUUGACAAGCUCUGCCAUCAGCAUCAUCGCAGGACAAGUGCCAACAAUGCUCGGAAUCUCUCGCCGAUUAGACACUCACGCUGCAACCUAUCGAAUCAUAAUCAAUACCUUGAAGCAACUACCACAUACGACCACUGAAGCAGCUGUCGGCAUAACCGCGCUGGCUUUCUUAUAUGCAAUCAAAUUUGGGCUUCCGCCUAUAUGUCGACUUGGAGGGAUGGGCCGAAAGAGCACAGAUGUACUGGUAGCAAUGCGUUCGAUAUUCGUGCUGUUGGUCUACACUCUCAUAGCCUACCUAGUCACCCGUCAUCACAAAGCCGCACCACCGAUUGCCAUCCUAGGUCAUAUCCCACGCGGUCUCACCACCGUCGGUCCACCUCGGCUUGACAAAGAAGUCAUCAAAACCUAUGCAUCUCAUCUGCCUGCUGUGUUGAUUGUCCUAGUCAUAGAACAUAUCUCGAUAGCCAAAUCCUUUGCUCGGAUCAACCAUUACACCAUCUCACCCUCACAGGAGUUGAUUGCCAUCGGGAUUUCUAACAUCUUUGGACCUUUUGUGGGUGCUUAUCCAGUCACUGGAUCCUUUUCGCGUACAGCCCUCAAAUCCAAAGCUGGAGUUCGAACUCCACUUGCCGGAAUCGUCACCGCAUCUCUUGUGCUACUUGCUAUCUAUGAGCUCACAGGCGUAUUUUAUUAUAUACCAAAUGCAGCCAUCAGUGCAGUCAUCGUUCACGCUGUAUGGGAUUUGAUCGUUUGGCCUCCCACGGCUUAUCAGACAAUCUGGAGGAUCUCCUCCUGGGAUGGAUUUUUGUUCAUUGUUGGAGUCUUCGUUGCAAUCUUCACCUCUCUCGGUUGGUUCAAUCAUCAACAUGCUCUAUAUCUUUAUUCACCUACCUUCUGA